AUGGAAUACUCACUGCUGGCACGAUCCAUCAAACAUAACGAAGGACACAAAUUGGAGAAUAUCUACGAAGGCAGAAUAGAGGCUUCCAAUUACUCUGAGUUUUGUCAUAUUGUGAGGUGCAUAGAAGAGAGGUUAAUAGUUUUGGAAAGAGGGGUAUCUUCAGUUUUGGAAAACAGAACACCAAUAGGAGUGACCUCCACACUCACGCUUCCAUCUGUUGAAACAGUUGAUAAAUCUGAACUGUUAUCUAUAACAAGUCUAAUCUCUGAAAAUGAGAAUCAGGUGGAGCCCAUUGAAAACAGUUUAUUAUUUUCAAGGAAAGCACUUCCACAUAGGAAAUCUUAUCAGUUGCAUAUAAUCAUCACCUCAAGGAAAAUCUACAGUGACAUUUAUGAUGCUACACAACUUAUAAACUCUGUUUAUGGAUUUAUUCUUUUGCUUCUCUUCAUUCGGGCUGCAGCAGGAUUGGUUACCAAUAUAUAUCAUCUUGCGUCAAUCACAAUAAGUGGAUAUGUGUUUGUUGAAUAUAAAAAUUGGGGCACAGCUGGACACAUCAGCUCACUUGUGACUUGGAUUGUGAUAUUCCUGAGUACAAUAACAAUGAUGACAGUCACAUGUCAGAUGACAAUUUUGAAAUCGAAGAAAAUUGGUGACAUCAUACAAAAACUUAUUUUGCAACAGCCUUUGAGAAGUGAUAUGCUGCAACAGUUGAAACUAUUUUCUGAUCAAGUGGCAAAGAGUGAAAUUAAAUUUUCUGCUUUCUGGUUCUUUAAUGUGGAUAUGUCUCUGCUUUAUACAAUGUUAACAUCAGUCACAACUUACAUAAUUGUUCUUAUGCAGGCCAAAUGAGAAUAGAAUAUAACAGAAUUUAUUUACAUUUCAAAGGUAAAGCGAAGGACGUAGAACAUGUCAUAGCACAAAUACAAUACUUGUUUUCAAUACAAAUGCAAAUUACAUAUUUGGAUUUUAUUUAAAAUUGCAUAUGAUUACUACAUUCAUAAUUUGUGUAUGCCUACAUCAUAUGGUGCAAUGAGGUUAGUGAAAUAAACUCAGAGACCAUGUCCAUCCCAUGUAUAAUCUCUGAAACUACUAAAUGGACUUUGAUUAAGUUGUGUACAAAGAAUUUUAUUGUAACCUAUAUUGGGACCAGUAAACUGCUAUUUACAAAAGAAA